AUGGGUUGGCAGCCUGAACGCAACCGCAAGGAACAUGUUGCUAGGCUUCGCGGCCUACCGUACGACACGGACAAGAAAGAUAUCUUUACGUUUUUCAACGGUGAGUCUGCCCUUUUAAUGGGAAGGCCAGCCCUCGUGACUCUGGAUUUCGCCGAGGUCAUUGCUUAUCGGCCCCGUCAAAGGUUGUUAGUCGCUUAAACUACUAGACAGUCGUUGUCGCUGAUCUAUACGCGCAAAUUAGUUAAGGAAGUAUUGCAACCUAAACUCUAUGAUGAAUGGAUUAUGGGAGGUGUAUGUGGCAUCCGCUGCAAGUUAGGUUUUUGGUGUAGACAGUGCUGUACCUGGACUCUACAGGGUUAUUGGUCUGAUCUGUUUUGGCAUAGGAGCUUAGGUAUGUGCGUGGUCGAGUAUUAUGUCAAUUUUGACUCCUGCUGGUGGCGCUGUUAGCGGUUAAGCCCUCGUUUUGCGAUCGGGUAGUGCGGUCGCGGGGUGUCCCCAAGGCAGAUUAAAUUAAUAUAAGUGGCACUUACCGCGUCUGUUUUUACUGAUGCUUGUAGGUACAUGAUGACCGGCCUAGGUAACAGUGCGGCGUAGGGGUUGUCAUUUAAAGGUUGUGGCUUCGUGCCCAGUUUCUUGUGAAAGCUUAUAGUUGGGUUGUGUGGUGUCCCAGCAUGACCAGCUCGCGCGUUUCCCCGGAUGUUGGUGGAUCGGCGGUCACAUGUUGGCAAGGAGGACAUCCGUGCGGGCGGAAGGCGUGAGUCUGAUGCCGAAUGAUCUUUGUAUAUGGUUUUAUUGUUGGUAAAUGUCAUGCUCCGAUGGAUUUUUCAUAGGCCUGUAUGGUUUCUUAUCAGAGCUCCGUCGUGCAUUUGAAUAACUUACAUUUAUUUAUGGGUGCCUGGGCGCGUUGCGCCAUCUACCCUGAUAACACUGCACUAGCCUCUAGUCCUACACUAGCAACUCAGAUUUGUGGGCUUGUGUGCAACUAGUGAUCCGUUUGACUGUGUACAGCGUGCACCAGCCACGAUAAUGGUCUGAUAGGCGGGUUGUCCCUCUAGAGACUACUGACAUGAUCCAGAUAAUCCCGAAACCAGCCAGAGACUAACUGCAGAGGAUAACCCGGGCGAGUGUAAUGUUACUAGGGUGGUUGCAGGUAAAAUGCGAAGUAGGCUGUAGUUAGGUCUUCGUCUAUCACUAACAACUUGAGCACGUGCUGCCUGAAAGUUUUUGUAAAAGUCAUGGUAAAUGAUAUUGAGCUUUGAAGUGCAUCUAGUCCAAGGGUUAAGUUCUUGGGCGCCUGUAAUUAUGGAAUUUUUGAUUUCAUGUCACGGCUUUGUUUCGUUUUCUUUCCGAUCCCAUGGGUGAAUAAUCGACUAAAUGGGCAUCAUACCAGGUCUCGACAUAGCUCCCAACGGUAUCGGGCUUCUCGUGGAUCACAUGGGCCGUUGCACGGGGGAUGCCUAUGUCCAGUUCACUUCGGCGGAAAUGCUAGCACGGGCAAAGGAGAAGCAUUUGGAGAAGAUAGGGCACAGGUGGAGUUUUCAAAGGAUUUCCUCAGGGUGUUUGAAUUCUGUUAUAUUUCGAAAUUACAUUCCAUAGAUCGAUUCUCUCUACAUGUUGCAUGUACAUCCUUCUAACACGCUUUUCCUCUUCAGGUAUAUUGAAAUCUUUGAUAGUACAGGCAUGGAAGCUAACGUAGCUAUACGCCGACAAAUCGAGAUAAACCGUAAGUGGUUUCCUGUUUUGUAAUACGUUUCUGUAGAGGAAAGAAGUGGUGGCGGAGGCCCAAUGAUGGGGCACGGCCGCGAUCGUUUUGGUGGAUAUUACGGUCCGCCGAGUCCGGGUUACCGCGGAUACGGUGGGCCCCAAGGGCCUGGCGGGCCUCCUGGCUAUGGCCGUGGUCCUAGGCCUGGACCCUACAACCGCCCGUAUGGUGCAGGCCCGGGUGGCUAUGGGCAACGACCACCUAGUCCAAGAGGAGGGUAUGGCCCACCCACCGAAAACUACCCCGGCCCCGGGAUGGGUCCGAACGAGUCAAAGAGCAUGACCGGACACGCUAUUCGCAUGCGAGGUCUUCCCUACUCAGUAACGCCCGACGAAAUAGCCCAUUUCCUGGCUCCUCUUCAACCAGUUAACAUCCACAUAUGUUACAACGCUGCGGGACGACCUACUGGAGAGGCCGAUGUCGACUUUGGUAGUCAUGACGAGGCUAAGGAGGCGAUGAAAAAAGACCGAGAGAAGAUUGGGACUCGGUACAUCGAACUUUUCCUCGAGUCCACACCCAUGGGUAACAGACGCCAGGUAAUUCGUUUCCCUAAUUUUAUUAUCACCUUAGGGUCAGAACAGCCCAGGCGGCUAUGCUCCCAGGCCAUACGGUCCGCCGUUCUACAGUGGUGGCGGCGGUGGUACUAACGGAGCUGGUAGAUACAGCGGAGAGGCGACACCUAACAAGUACAAGAGUGGUUACUACGAAGCGCCAGCUAACGGGAUGUACGGAGGUCCCGAGGAUUUCGGUUGUCCCCCAGAUGAACGGUACGGUGGUCGGCGUGAAAAUUACGGUGGGCCGAUGGAGCCGCGUCGCACUCCUGGACCUAGAGGUAACCCACCUUUGCUUAUUUAUAACCACCCCUUAGUAGCUGACGAUGGAUAUGAAGACUACGGCGAAAGGGAAGAGUACUACUGGUGA